ACCCUGAGCCAGUGGUUGUUGGGAGCACGGUUGUGGCCUUCUGCGUUUGGAUUCCAUGGCGGCCAGGCGGAGCGGGAGCAGCGGCCUCAGGAAGCAAGGAAGAACAGCAACAAAAGAUUCUCCUCCGGCCAAGAAAACUCGAACAUGCCAGAGGAAAGGAAUGAAAAAGGGGCUUGUGGAUGGAGAAAAGAAUGAUGAGGACAGGACAAAAGACAAGCAAGAAACUGUGAAGGCCUUGCUGUUAAAAGGCAAAGCUCCUGUGGAUCCAGAGUGUGUAGCCAAGGUGGGAAAGGCUCAUGUGUAUUGUGAAGGAAAUGACGUUUUUGAUGUCAUGCUUAAUCAAACCAAUCUCCAAUUCAACAACAACAAGUACUACCUUAUUCAGCUGUUAGAAGAUGAUGCCCAGAGGAACUUCAGUGUCUGGAUGAGAUGGGGCCGAGUUGGGAAAGUGGGGCAGCACAGCUUGGUGGCUUGCUCAGGUGACCUCACCAGGGCCAAGGAAAUCUUUCAGAAGAAAUUCUUUGACAAAACAAAAAACAAUUGGGAAGAUCGUGAGAAGUUUGAGAAGGUACCUGGAAAAUAUGACAUGCUACAAAUGGAUUAUGCCACCAAUACACAGGAAGAAGAUGAAACAAAACAAUACCAGUCUCUUAGUGAUGCCUUGAAGCCACCAUCCAAGCUAGACCUUCGCGUGCAGGAGCUGAUAAAGCUAAUCUGUAACAUCCAAGCCAUGGAAGAGAUGAUGAUUGAAAUGAAGUAUGACACGAAGAAAGCCCCACUUGGGAAGCUGACCAUGGCACAAAUCAAGGCAGGUUACCAGUCUCUUAAGAAGAUUGAGGAUUGUAUUCGGGCUGGCCAAGAUAAACGAGCACUCCUGGAAGCAUGCAAUGAAUUCUACACCAGGAUCCCACAUGACUUUGGACUCCACACUCCUCCAUUAAUCAAUACAGAGAAAGAACUGUCAGACAAAGUACAACUGCUAGAGGCUUUGGGAGACAUUGAAAUUGCCAUUAAGCUAGUGAAGACAGAACUCAAAAGCCCAGAACACCCCCUGGACCAGCAUUACAGAAACUUACACUGUGCUUUGCACCCUCUAGACCAUGAAAGUUAUGAGUUCAAAGUGAUUUCCCAGUACCUACAGUCUACCCAUGCUCCUACACACAAAGACUAUACCAUGACUUUACUGGAUAUUUUUGAAGUGGAGAAAGAGGGUGAAAAGGAAGCCUUCAGAGAGGACCUUCCUAACAGGAUGUUGCUAUGGCAUGGUUCCAGGCUGAGUAACUGGGUGGGAAUCUUAAGCCACGGGCUUCGAAUUGCCCCACCUGAGGCUCCCAUCACAGGUUACAUGUUUGGGAAAGGAAUUUAUUUUGCUGACAUGUCUUCUAAGAGUGCCAAUUACUGCUUUGCCUCUCGCCUGAAGAACACAGGACUGCUUCUUUUAUCAGAGGUAGCUCUAGGUCAGUGUAAUGAGCUACUGAAGGCUAAUCCUGAGGCAGAAGGAUUACUUCAGGGCAAACACAGCACCAAGGGACUUGGCAAAAUGGCUCCUAGUCCUGCCCACUUCAUCAUCAUGAAUGGGAGCACAGUGCCCUUAGGACCAGCAAGUUUCACAGGAAUUCAGAAUCCAGAGGGUUAUACCCUCAACUACAAUGAGUUUAUAGUCUAUAACCCCAACCAGGUCCGUAUGCGAUACCUUCUAAAGGUUAAGUUUAAUUUCCUACAGUUGUGGUGAGUGUUGAUAUGAAACCAGAAAAGAUACAAUCUUCAACCAAGAAAACAAGCAGUGUCUUACUUUUAAACUUUUUGAUAUUUUGUAUAAUAAAAAUAGUAUAAAUCUA